CUAUUUUUGGCAUGCUUCAAAUGCAUUUUGUUGACAAUCACUACUCACACAAAAUUGUACAUUGUACACUGCACUGCGUGCGCGCAUGAAUGUCAUUCCUUACGCUAAAAUUUCCGAGGAUUGCCGGAAGAAUUGAGCUUGAAAAUUGCAUUUCACGGCCCACCAUGAGCCUGUCUGGGUGCCCACACGUGGCUAACUUCAAGGCCGUGAACGGAUCGUCACCCUACAGAUUGAUUCUUACAUAUUUCGUGUCGUGCAGCACCCAAGCAGCAGUGAAAAGAAAGGCUCAGUCAUGUCUAUGUCAUGUGUGCGGACAAUUAGACCUCCGGCUGCACUCAUGUCUCUACUGUGUAUUCUUCGGGUGCUACACUGCAGGACACAUACAUGACCACGCAAAGGCAACCAAACAUAACCUAGCUGUGGAUCUUACCUAUGGUGCUGUGUACUGCUAUUCCUGUGGUGAUUAUGUAUAUGACCAGGAGUUUGAGGCCAUUGCCAAAGAAGAAAAGACCAAAGCUGCCAAAUUUGUAGGUACACCAUGUAGCGUGCAUGCAUUUCUAUCUUGGGAAGUCACAGCAUCAGAGGCUCAGCUUCUACGACAGAAUCCUAAGCGUAGGAAGAUCACGUCCAAUUCCACAAUAGGUCUACGUGGGCUCAUCAACUUAGGCAACACUUGUUUCAUGAACUGUAUCGUGCAGGCUUUGACGCACACACCACUACUACGAGACUUCUUCCUGGCUGAUAAGCACCACUGUCAGAUGGCAUCCAGUGACCAGUGUCUGGUCUGUGAGAUGUCCCGGGUGUUUCAAGAGUUCUACUCAGGGCUACGUUCAGUGCACAUUCCAUACCGUCUUCUGCAUCUUGUCUGGACUCAUGCAAGACACUUAGCAGGUUAUGAGCAGCAAGAUGCUCAUGAGUUCUUCAUUGCUGCACUAGAUGUACUUCACAGACAUUGCAAAGGCCACAAUGGUGUCUCCGGCAACAAUCCUCAUCUUUGCAAUUGUAUUAUUGACCAAAUCUUCACAGGAGGGCUGCAGUCAGAUGUAACAUGCCAGUCCUGCAGGGGUAUAUCCACUACAGUGGAUCCUUUCUGGGAUAUCUCCUUAGAUCUGGGUCCAUCUGGCAGUCAUUCCAAGAGUACUCUAUCCUCCUCCUCAACCUCCUCAGCCCCCAUUCCUAACGCUGACCUCUCAGUCGACAGCAAUUCCUCAGGUUCCAGUACUAGUAGUGGUAGUGUCAAUAAUGGAGACUCGGGACUGUUGUCUCCGACGGGUUUUGAAGAUGUCCCCACCUCGCUAGAUGACUGUCUCAGAAGGUUCACAAGACCGGAACAUCUAGGCACCAACUCAAAGAUCAAAUGUAGCCGUUGCCAUAGUUACCAGGAGUCUACCAAACAACUCACUAUGAAAAAGCUUCCCCUUGUAGCAUGCUUCCAUCUCAAGAGAUUUGAACACUCCAAUCGAUUCAGAAAGAAGAUAUCUACUUUCAUUGCAUUUCCCCAUGAGCUAGACAUGACACCCUACGUCUCUUCACAUCGGCGGGCUAAUGGUAUCAAGAACCAAUCACACUCCAGUACCUUGUUAUCUACCUCAGACAAUAAAUACUCCCUGUUUGCUGUUGUCAACCACCAUGGCACGAUUGAGACGGGUCAUUACACAUGCUAUGUGCGCCAGCAUAAGGACCAAUGGUUUAAAUGUGAUGAUGCCCUGAUCACAAAGUCUAGCGUGCAAGAUGUACUCCAUAGUGAAGGAUAUCUACUAUUUUACCACAAACGCAUCCUAGAGUAUGAAUGACAUCCUCCUUCACGAGUCAUUCAACCAGCAGAGUCCGAAGUAUCAGUGAGUCAGUGCAACUGAAAUUCUUUGCCAUCAUUAAUGACAGGACACUAAGGGACUGGAUGAUGUCUAAUAGAAGUGUGGUUCCCAAGCCAUAUCUAUGCCUACUCCCAUAUUUACCACCCAAAGGUACCAUACUCAGUCUAGAUGGAGCAUGGACUUUAGUUUGUGCACACUAAUCCAGUUACAGUACUUAAGAAUAUGCAUUUGAAGUUGUUUUUUAACAUCCCUCUGUUACUUGAGUCAGGUUCUUUUCUUGACAGUAAAAAAAAAAGUCUUCAAAUUAUAAUUUACCAUAAAGUGAAUACUUUUUACCAUUUAGCUGCAUAUAAUGAAAA